AUGUCGCCGUCCCGAGGUGAGGACCGGCGACCGCCUGGGAGUCCUGGUUCCCUGGACAACUACGGCGCGAUUUCGCGGGGCUCGGGUUCAGGCCGGGAAGUGGAGACGGCGGGCUUGGGGUUACCUCCCAAGAGGGGACCCUGCGCUGGAGGCGUGAGUCAGAGGGAGCGUGAACGAGUGACCCGCACGGGCGAGCCGGGGAAGGAGCGGGUGGGAGGAGCACGGAUGGGCGUGCCCGCGCUCCCGGCAGGCCGGGUUAUUCCAAGGUCCCUGAGGGUUCUUCCAGGUGCUGGAACCAUCAGCCACACAGGCGUGUCGGGGAAGGCACCCCUCAGCAGGGUCGGCAUCCGCCGCAGCACCAAGCGAGACCGCAAGUCCAUCACCCUGCGUGUGAAGCUGGAGGUGCUGCGCAGGUUUGAAGAGGGUGAGAAGCUGACGCACAUCGCCAGGGCGCUGGGAUUGGCCACCUCCACCGUGGCCUCCAUCCGCGUCAACAAGGAGAAGAUCCGGGCCAACUCGCAGGCCGCCACGCCGGCCAGCGCCAGCCAGCUGACCCGCUGCCGUAGCGUGGUGAUGGGCCACAUGGAGCGCCGGCUGAGUGUGUGGAUCGAGGAGCAGAAGCAGCAGCACCGGCCCGUCAGCACGCUGCUCAUCCAAGACAAAGCUCGCAGGCUCUUUGUGGAGCUGCAGCAGGAGCAGGGGGACGGGGCCCAGGCCCAGACCUUCGGGGCCAGCAACGGCUGGUUCGCCCGCUUCAAGGCGCGGCACAACGUGCUGCUGACCGACGAGCCCACCGCUGCGGACACCCAGGCCGCUGCCCGCUUCCCCCUGGUGCUGCGAGGCAUCCUGGAGGAGGGCCGCUACUCGCCCAAACAGGUCUUCAACGUCGACGAGACAGGCCUGUUCUGGAAGCGGCUGCCAGAGCGCACGCUGCUAGCCCUGGACGGGGCCGCUGGCCUGGGCCCCAGGGUGUCCAAGGACCACCUGACCCUGCUUCUGGGCGGUAAUGCGGCGGGCGACUUCAAGCUGAAGCCCCUGCUGGUGUACCCCUCAGAAAACCCGCGUGCCCUCAAGGGCUGCUCCAAGGCCAGCCUUCCGGUAGUCUGGCGCUCCAACCGCAACGACUGGCUGACGCCCAGCAUCUUCCAGGAGUGGUUCACCGGCUGCUUUUGCCCUGCGGUGGAGAGCUACUGUGCCCAGCAUGACCUUCCUUACCAGGCCCUGCUGCUCCUCGACAGCGCCCCCUGCCACCCCCCUUACCUGGACAGCCUCUCCUCCCAUGUGCGCGUGGAGUUCCUGCCCAAGAACACCUCGGCUCUGAUCCAGCCCAUGAACCAGGGAGUCAUCGCGGCCUUCAAGGCCCACUAUCUGCGGCGCACGCUCAGCCAGCUGGUGCAGGAGACGGUCGGCCCAGACCGGCCCUCUGCGCAGGAGUUCUGGCGCAGCUACACCGUCAUGACUGCCGUGGACAACAUUGCCGAGGCCUGGGCGGAGCUGCGGCCAGCCACGAUCAAUGGUGCCUGGAGGAAACUGUGGCCAGAGUGUGUGCCCCCCGGCGCCCCCGAUCCUGACAUCCUGCCCCAGCUCCGUCGUAGCAUCAUGGCACUGGCCAGCCACGUGGGCCUUGGGGACUCGGCCAAGGCUGAUGUUGCGUGCCUGCUGCAAGCUCAUGGGGAGCCCUCACUCCACAGCGGCCCCCAGGACCCAGACGACAGGCACCCUGGUUGCUCUGGGCCGCUGUGGGAAGAAGAUGGCCUGGCUUCCACAAAGCCGGACCCAGAGCUCCUGGAGCCGGGGGAGGGUGCAGGGACUGAUGAGGGCGGCAUGGCGGGGCUGAGCACCAAGCACCUGGCCCAGGCCCUGGCCCACUUUGCCACUGGCCUGCAGAUCUUUGUAGACAAUGACCCUAACCGGGAGCGCAGCCUGCGGGUAUCUCGGGGAGUCCACAGUGCCCUUGCCCGUCUCCGCAUGCUGCACCGACACCGAAGGCGGCAGGCUCAGGUGUCUGUGGCAGAAAGGGAUGGGCCCACAGAAGACCUGGGAGUGACCGGGGCCACUGUCCCCUCUGUAGAGUCUGGGUUUGGGACUGACCUCAGAUGA